AAGAAGAGUAUAAUUAUAGUUGCAUAUAUAAUACUCAAACCAGUACUCAACAACAUCAUUUAAAUUCUGUUCAUAAAGAGUUUAAAAAAGAAAAAUUGAAACAAUUAAAAGUAGAUGAUCAAAUAAAAAAAGUUAUGCUAUAUAAAGAACUUAAGCAACGUAAAUUAAGAAAUGCUUUAGCUGAUUGGCUAGUAACAGAUUCUUAA